AUGGCUAUCUAUUGUAAGACAAGCAAUAGUUCAUCUACACUGUGUAGACAAGAUUUAUGGUCAAAUUGUGAACUUACUUAUGCACUUGAUCCAUUUCAAUGUAAAUGCAUUUUGUGUGUCACUUUUUGGAAGAAUGUAUUUGGAAGUUCAGCAGAUCUAUUAUUUGACUCCUAUAAAAAAAGAAUGGAAUUGUCAAGUGAUAUAAGUAUUAAAAUGAGUGAUAUGGUAAAGGUUGGUGAUAGAGUCUCAGUCCAUGGAAAAUCAGUAAAAUCUUUGACAAAUGGAAUUUAUGAAGGGAAGAGAUAUUUUUACUGUACAACAGGCCAUGGUAUUAUGGUACCUUACAGAGAAGUUGUCAAGUUACAACCUUAUGUUAAAACACCAAGUCUUAAUAAUAUAAUGUUUCCUAGUUAUAAUCAAGUACGAAAGGCAAGACAAGAAAGAGAAGAAAUAUUAGAAGCUUUUUAUCGAUCAAGAUCUACAUCUCCCAAACUUUACAGUACUCAGAAUAAACACCAACUAUCUCGUGUUCUUACUGCAGAUACAAAUGAUAUGGCAUACAAGGAUAGACUGCAGAUGCAUCGUAGAUGCAGUAAACAUGAAAGAGAAGAAAGACAGCAAUUUGAGAAAAAUAUGAGAGAAGAAAAGAAAGUUUUAACAAAAUUGUUUGGAACUGGUGAAAGGGCAGAAAGAUUAGAAGAAACUUUGAAAUAUUUACAAAAGGGUUAUGAAAAGGGUCAAGAUGAAAAAGCUCAGAACCAGAAAUACAGUUUGAAUUCUGACUCUGACAAUGAGGAAUAGACUAUGUGAUAUCAAGAUUCUAUUAAAACAGAUCUUAUAGUUACAUCUGGCCAGGACAGGAAAUUUGAGGUUUUUUGAGUUAUUGCCCUUGACUUAGAAAAAAUACGUCAAUAUAUAUAUUUAUGAAUAAAUUCAAACUACAAAUGCAUUAUAUCUUUAAAAUGAGAAAAAUUCAUGUAGUCACUUAAGACUCGAUUAUCAUUUCUAAAAGCUGUCAGUAGACGUAUGUUACCUAGCCUGAAAGCUAUCUUUACAUAGGACAAAGGACAUAAUUAUAUGGAAAAACACCUACAAUAGAAUGAUAAAAUGAAUACUUUUAAAACAUAUAGAUACAAUUGUACAGAUACUUUAAAUAACGGAACACAUUUUUAUGGUAUACUACCCCUACUAAUUCCAUAAAUGGUGUUCAAUUAUUUAAUAUGAUCUGCAAAGGAUUUAAAUCUGAUGUCUGCUUCACCUGUAAUACAAUACAACAUGUUAAAUUUAAGACAUUUAUCCCUUGCAGCACACUGAGAUUAAAAUAUUCUAAUAUACAUGUAUUAUACUUUUUUCAUAAUUUGAAACAGAUCAGUGGCAAGGGGUUUGACCUAGGAUCAGCUGGUUUUGUUGAGGACCUAAUAAAUAUGUAUGUUUCUUUCUUUAUUCUGUUAACAAAGAUAAAACACUUAAAGAUGCAAUAUAAGUAGACUUAUAGUAGAUGUAAAAUGUAGCUAUUUUGUAAGAUAUAUACUUUGUUAUGAAUUUGAUGAUCUCAUGAUAUUGUUCAUGUUCAAAAUGUGAUAUUUUAUUGAAUAUAUGAAAAUGUUCAUUUGUUUAUUUAAAUAUUUCUGAAUUCUAGCCAAUAUAUUUUUUUUAUAUAA